AUGUCUCGGUCAUCGACGCGGUUCGAUGUGAAGAAAGUUAACUCAGAAUUAGUAACGUUGACUUAUGGGGCACUAGUUGCCCAAAUGAUUAAAGAUAUGGAUAAUGUUGAUGAUGUAUCCAAACAGCUAGAAAGACUUGGCUACAAUAUGGGGAUUAGGCUUAUUGAAGAUUUUUUAGCAAAAACCGGAACAGGGCGGUGCUUAGAUCUAAAAGACACUGCAGAUAAAAUACAAAGUGCUUUCAAAAUGUAUCUAGGAAUCCAACCAAAUGUCACAAAUUGGAGUCCCUCUGGGGAUGAAUUUUCUUUUAUCUUGGACAGCAAUCCAUUAACAGAACUUGUUGAACUGCCUGAUGAUAUAAAGACUUUAAAAUAUUGUAAUGUUAUAUGUGGAGCAAUCAGGGGAGCUCUAGAGAUGGUCCAGUUAGAUGUACAAAGUUGGAUAAUUCAGGAUCAACUAAAAGGUGACCAAAAUACAGAAAUAAGGGUCAAAUUUAUUAGAAGAUUAGAAGAUGCUAUGCCUGCUGGAGAAGAUUAA